GAUUUGCAGAAACUUCUGAUCCACAGACAGCUUUUGAAUUAACAUUUAGAUCUUUAAUCCAGAAAAAAGCUUCCGGGGUGAGAUUAUCAAUUAUGGAUGUUUACGGUGCAUUGUUAGCCGCAAAACUUAUGAUUGAAGUAGAUUAUUCAGUGGAUAGCUUAAAAUAUCGGAUUAUAUGA